GUUCAAGGGUCACCAAAUGGGCUGUACGACCAGUUGUUAUCUCUCAUCACCCAAGGCGACGACUUCAAGCAGGGGUGUCAUCUGCUGUGUUCAGGAGCGCCCUUGGAGUCUCCGAGUGGCUCAUCCACACAGCCCCUUCCUCUGGCCAUUGCCAGUAACCGGCGCGAAAUGGUCAGCCUUCUGCUGGCGGCAGGGGCGCCUCUUACCACCACCUGCAACGGCCUCAACCUGCUGACGCUUGCCUGGCUCUCCCCUGAUGUCACUCCUCCUAUCCAGGUCAUCAUCACAAGGGCCUUCCUUCAUGUUCUGGAGUAUGAACGUACCAACCUGACACACUUCCCAGAAGUUGAAGAAGGUGUUGGUCAACUCAUAUCAACCAUGAGAUGUGACAACUCUUGGCGAGCCAGCUGGCCCAGUGGCGGGUCAGUCUUCCACCUGACAGAGCUUAUGGUCCAGGCUGUUCGUUCCAAGUGUACUUUGACAUGCAGCUUCAUCCACGAGGCUGGUGGUCAGUCCUCCCUGUGUACCGAGUCCGGUGUGAGUCCCCUGCACGCUGCGCUGGAGGCUGGUCACUGGAACCUGGCGAGGCAAAUGCUGAAGAACAUGGGAGGUUGCCUGUAUGUAACUGACUUUGGAGGUCGACUGCCCACAACCAUGAUGUCUUCACACCUCCGCCAGCAGCUAGAGCAGAAUAUUUACGACAAGGAAAGGAUACAACUUGAAGACCUACACCUUAAGAUCAGAGACAAAGUAGAGAAACAGCAGGUGCAGGAACUUCUCCGUGUUCAGAAGAACCUCUUCAACACAUACUGGGGCACGAUAACUGGGAACACAGCCACAACCAUAGGUGAAGAGCCGUUCAACAAAGCCAAGGUCCUACUCACAGCGUCUCAGGGUGGGAUGCUGCAACUGAUCUACCUCCUGGUGAAGGUGGGAGGUGUGGAAGUUGAUACACAAGUGGAUCCUACUAAUGGCACGACUGCCAUUCACCAAGCUGCCUCGCAUGGCAAAUCUGGUAGCGUCCUCCUCCUUCUGAGUCUUGGUGCUGACCCGCUACUCGUUGAUCUAUACAAGCAAACAGCUCCACAUUUGGCUGCUAUGUUUGGUCACCAAAAGGCCUUUGAGCUGUUUAGAGAGUUUCUAGAUCAUCAAGAGCCUUCCUGUAGAGCUGGAACUACUCCAACAGAUGUCAAAAACAACUUCUCAAAGUACCUGAAGACGUAUAACAAAUGUGAAUCAAACCAAGCACACGUAGAGAACAACCCGAUAGAUGCCACCAUAAACCUUCUCAAACGUACUGAUAUUAAAAACUUGGUGAAAACUGCACCGAAGGUGACUGUUGAUUACACUAAAAGUGAGGCCCAAGAAGUGAAGGAAGUCAUAACAAAGGAGAUGAAGGCAAUUACAGACAAAGUUGCAGAUAUUGACAGUACGUACACUGGCACACUCACGCUGCUUGGGAGCACUGCAGACUCCACAAGGCUCUAUUGUCCUGAUGAAUUUGAUUUUAAUCUUACACUCAAGAGCUUCUCUGACGUCACUGUUAGAAUUAUUAAACAACCAAAGAAGGAUGUCUUGUUAAGCGGCCACAAGUUAAAAAUUGACAUUGAAACAGAAAACCCGAGUCUUCAGGGUAAUAGGUUGAUGAGUAACCUGUAUGACCGAGUAAGAGAAAGCCUUAAGAGCUACGUACUGCAGGACGAAAGACUGAGCCUUGUGCCACCUGGUGUGACCAGGACGCAGGUGGGCCUGGCCCUGUCACUGGCUUGGCAGGGAAGUGAGUAUCCCUUGCUGUUGGUUGACAUUGACUUAGUUCCAGUACUAUCUGUACUUUGGCCUAAGGAGAUAAUGAGACCACCCCUCACACCCGACGACUCACAAAUGAUCCACCUCAGUAACACCGAAGAUGAAAAAUGGCGCUGCAGCUUCGCCGCAACUGAGGUGGAGGUGGUGAAGAAGUUGGCUCCUCAGGAACGCCAAGUGUUUCUCACCGGCAAGACUCUCCUCUCCUACAUGAAGGCUGAACCCUGGAUGCCCAGAGACGUCAAGAACCAAUUUUCUUGGUGGGACUCCCGCUACUGGAGUAUCCCUAUUCCUGCAGGAUUUUGCUUCAAGAAUUCCUUCCUGAAGCUGCUACAAGUGAAACGGGAGAAGAAAAUCCAAUGGAAGGAAGAGGAUACAAUGGCACACGUUAUGAAGGUGUUUGAAGUAAUGUGUCUGAAGACGGAUGGUACUAAACAUCUUGUGCCAGCCAAAGUUCAUGCUUACUUCGGUGGAGACUAUGAAAAGCCAAAGGUGGGUGAAGGAGCCCCGCAUAUAACUGAAUUUCUCAAGAAGAGUCUCACGAAACUUUCAAAACCUUAAUUAAGUUGGUUACCUGGGAUUCAAUUAAGACUUCCUCAAGCGUUUUUUUUAUGUGGGUCGUGUGAAAACUGAACAUUAAAAUAAAGCAUCAAAUACAAUUGUGAACUGUUUACAUCACAUCACGCCAAAUGUGCAUGGUCUCGAGCUCAGUAUUAUGACCCUAUAAAGGUUGUGGAAGAAUAUCUCCCCAAGCCCAGGAGAUUCCAUGUUGCUACUCACAAGUCGUGUGACUCAAGUGAGAUUGGUCAUUGAUUACAUUGGUCAACAGCCAAAACGGUUCACAUAUGAGAUCAUGCUCACACAACUAAUUUCAUAUUGCUGAAUUCGAAUCUGAUAUUUGUUUUGUUCUAUCAGACCAGGUUUUAUAAAAAAAAAUCAAUAGGUACAAAUAUUUAA